CCAGACUUGAUACAUGCUCCCAGCCUGCUGUGCUCAGAUCUAACCUGACCUACACUAGGUGUGACCCUACACAGCUUGACUUGUUAAGGGGUGUGUGUUAAUUUGCCUCUAUUCUACACAAUCCCAGGCACACUGAGCAUCUGCCCUAUGCCUGACACUGUGCAAGGUGCCAGGGCCGCCUGCGGCUGAAAGCAUGAACAUGAUGCAUGAGGUCCUGGCCCUCUCCCCCUGAAUACGGGCACUGGAAGAGAGAGGACCACUGGAAACAGGAUGUGAUCAUCAUGGCACCUGCAUUAUUGUUUCUUUUGGGGGCCACAGCGAUACUGCAAGCACACUUACUUCCUGAUAAAAAAUCCGUUUUGCUUCUCCCACCUGUCAACUUCAGCCUCACUGUUACUGACUUAGCUCAAGUGCUUUUACGCUGGGAACCAAAUCCUGAUCAAGAGCAAAGGGGUGUUAAUCUAGGAUAUCACGUGAGAAUACACACUCCACAAGAAGAAGAUUAUGAUACCAUGAACACUGCAAGCAAGCGUGUGGCCAUCCUUCAUGAGGGCUUCUCAGCCAGUGUGCAAACCGUCCCAUGGGACAGCCACUCUCUCAGGCCAAGCUGCUGGGUUUCUGCUGAACUGAAAGCUCCACCGGGAUCUCCUGGAACCUCAGUUGUGAAUUUAACUUGCACUACAAACACCAUGGUAAACAGUCAUCAGCACUCAAGGCCAUACCAAGUUUCUCUUCACUGCGCCUGGCUCGUUGGCAAGGAUGCCCCUGAGGACACGCAGUAUUUCCUCUACUAUCGGUAUGGUUCUUGGACAGAAGAAUGCCAAGAAUACAGCAAAGACACACUGAAGAGAAAUGUUGCAUGCUGGUUCCCAAGGACGUUUAUCAGCAGCAAAGGGCGAGACACCCUGGCAGUGCAUGUUAACGGCUCAAGCAAGCAUGCGGCAAUCAAGCCCCACGAUCGGCUGCUUGCUCUUCAUGCAAUUGAUCGAGUAAAUCCUCCAAUGAAUGUCACAGCAGAGACUGAAGGAACAUCUCUCUCUAUCCAAUGGGGGAAACCUGUUUCUGCCUUUCCAACCCAUUGCUUUGAUUAUGAAGUAAAAAUUUAUAACAUAAGGAAAGGUUAUUUUCAGACAGAAAAAAUGAUGACCAAUACAUUCACCGUGGUAACUGAUGAUAUUUCUAAGUAUUCCAUUCAAGUGAGAGCAACUGUGAGCUCCGUGUGCAGAGCAGUGGGGCUCUGGAGUGAGUGGAGUCAGCCUAUUUAUGUGGGAAAUGAUGAGCAGAAGCCCUCAACAGAAUGGUUUCUUAUUGUGUUUAUGGCAACCAUCUGCUUCACCUUGUUAAUGUUCUCACUCAUCUGUAGAAAGUGUCACUUAUGGACCAAGUUGUUUCCACCAGUCCCAACACCGAAAAGCAAUAUUAAAGAUUUCUUUGUAAACAUCAACUAUGAGAAAAGUGGUUCCAAUGAAACAGAAACUGAAGUCAUAAGUUACAUGGAAGAGCCUGGACUGGAGAUCCUCGAAGAUUCUGUGUUCUGAUGGCCCAUGUGCCAUUCCAAAACUGAACUGAUACUCAACAUGCCUAAGCAGUAAGAACAGAAACUGCUGUUUGUUCACUAGAAGUUCAGAAUUUACUGAAUACUCAAUUAGCGGUAAGGCAAUACACCCAGACAAAUCUCUCACAAGUGUAGAUGCCUCAUCAAAAUCUCCUUGCUCACUCAGGAUGACAGAUUAAUCUGACCAUUCAGCCAUGUCUACCCUUCCCACUCCACACAGGGUAGCACCUUACCUGCCAGGCUUUGGGAUGUGCAUUAUUUCCCUCAAACUUCUGUGCAGGAGACAAUUUUUACAGAUAAUAUUAACCGUGUUUCCUCUGGGAAUGCCAGCUUGGCUGUUUAAACUGCCAGUGAUAAGACCCAGCUAAAAUCUCAGGAAGAAAGCAUUUUGUACCAGCCUGGUGAGCUUGGAUUCAAGACUGUCUUUCCUAUGGCAAGUGGGAGCCAUGGUGCUUUUUUCCCCCCGAGUUUUAGAAUCCUUUUUACCCCCAUUUUUUCCAGGUAGUGUGUGUGGAGGGGGGCCAGGGUAAGGGUGGCGGUGAGAGAGAUAAAGAUUAUCUCAAGUUCCAUAAGCAUGAUUUCAGUAGCAUAAUUUGAGGCAAACUAAUUAUAAAAUGAAAACCUAAUAUAUUACUUCAUACCAAAUGAGAGGACAGGAUUUUGCUUGAAGAUUAUAUUACUGAAGGCAGACUUGAUAUUCUAGGAAUGUAUUUAGAAAGGUAAAGGGUGGAAUUGUGUUGUGAAAGGGAUCACUUGAUUAAGAAUGAACUUGCUAAAAUAAAAAAGAUGGUGGCGUGAGAAGUGGGGCAGAAACCUUUUCCCAAAAUCACAUAAAAAAAGAAAAUACAGCAAAUACAACUAAUCCUGAAAAUGUGACCUGAAGACUGCAGAACAGACCGCCUACAUCUGGGGAAAAGAGAAGACAUCACAGAAAAGGGUAAAGUAGCAAAGUCACAGUCCUGCAGGACACAAGAGCCCUUCCCCAACCCCGGCUAACAGGCAGAAGAGAAACAAAGCAGAGAAGGAGUAGAAUCCAAGGACUGCUGAACACCCAGCCCUGCAGAUCUGCUCCAGAAACACAAACCCACAUUACACAGUGCUCUGGAGAUUAGUGGGGUUGGAAAGCAAAGACGGGCAGAAUACUCAGAGAGGCUGAGAUUUCAGCUGCUUGUGCAGAACAGGUAUGAACAACCAGCCCACUGAGACAAAAGAAAAGCAGGCAGUUUGAAAAACUUCCCAACAAGAGGGGUGCUAAAGGGGCAAGGAUUACACACACCUUGCUGCUCAGGAUAAUGACAGGUAGACAAAACCUUUGUGGCAUGCUCAGCUCAGCAUGUUGGGAACUCUCAGGAGCUGCAGAUACUCCAUCCCUCUGGCUGACAACGCAGCUUGAGGCCCUCCACUGUGGUACAGAGCCAGACACUCCUUCCUCCCUGCUGGUGCUGGUCCAGCUCACUGCUGCCCCCACCAUUGCGCCAGACCAGCUGGAGGGUGGCCCCACCUACAGCAGCUACAGGGGCAUAAUGCAGAGGCUCCUUCCUGCACACACAGCUCACUGGGCCUGGCAGUGGAGGCAGCAUUACAGCCGGGAAGGCAGGAAACCCUCCCAGCCAAGUUUUUUCCUUCUGGCAGGCACCGCUUCCACUCACCUGCAACCCCUGCCAUUGCCACAGGUGCACGGCAGCUCCAGAAAGUAGAGCUACUGGGCACUAAAGGGCACCACCUACACAAAGUUAUUAU